UGUCCACCAACACACCAAGAGUGAACGCGACGACUGAUAAAAAGUCCGGGAGUAAACCUGUGGACGCAUUGCUGGAUCCGUGGACUUAAUUCCGAGCUGUUUGGUUGAGAAUUCGAGUCAGAAUGUCGCGCUGGGUGCCCACCAAGAAGGAAAAGUACGGUGUUGCUAUUUAUAACUAUGAUGCCCACAGCAACGAGGAGCUGUCACUGCAGAUUGGAGACACUGUACAUAUACUGGAAACUUAUGAAGGGUGGUACAGGGGGCAUCGACUUAGGAGGCGCUCAAAGAAGGGUAUAUUUCCUGCCUGUUGCAUACACCUGAAAGAGGCCACAGUUGAAGGCAGUGGACCAAAGGAGACAGUAAUACCCACUGAGCUGCCUCUGGUGCAUGAGGUUACCACCACUUUGCGGGAAUGGGCGUUAAUCUGGAAGGACCUGUAUGUGGGUGACAAGCGUGAGAUGUUCAAUACUGUGCGUGACAUGAUCUACGACCUCAUUGAGUGGAGAUCUCAGAUUUUGUCAGGCACCCUUCCACAGGAUGAGCUGUCGGAACUCAAGCAGAAGGUCACAUCCAAGAUUGACUACGGGAACAAGGUUUUGGAUCUGGACCUGGUAGUGAGAGAUAAGGAUGGAAACAUUCUGGAUCCUGAUCUCACCAGUACCAUCAACCUGUUCCGAGCACAUGAAGCUGCAUCCAGACAGAUCGACGAACGCCUUCAGGAGGAGAAGUCUCAGAGACAAAAUCUGGAUCUGAGUCGACAGGCUAAGUUUGCCUCCACACCAUCAUUUGCUCUGUUCGUGACGCUGAAGAACGUCGUGUGUAAGAUCGGAGAGGAUGCAGAGGUGCUCAUGUCUCUCUACGACCCCAACGAGUCCAAAUUCAUCAGUGAAAACUACUUGGUCAAGUGGUCUAGCUCGGGUCUGGUGAAAGACAUCGAUCAGCUUCACAAUCUCCGAGCUGUGUUCACGGAUCUGGGCAGUGAGGAUCUAAAGAGAGAGAAAAUCAGUUUUGUCUGUCAGAUUGUACGAGUUGGGCGCAUGGAACUACGAGACAACAACACUAAAAAGCUGACGUCUGGCCUGAGAAGACCUUUUGGAGUGGCAGUAAUGGAUGUCACAGACAUCAUCACUGGGAAGAUAGAUGACGAAGACAAGCAGCACUUCAUCCCCUUUCAGCCGCUUGCGCUGGAUGACGCCAUCCGCCACAGGCAGCUGAACAUCUCCCGUUUUUCACCCAGGGUGGCAGGAGAGAACGACUUUCUGCAGAGUGUAAUCAACAAAGUCAUCGCUGCCAAAGAGGUCAACCAUAAAGGCCAAGGUUUGUGGGUCACACUGAAGCUGUUGCCUGGUGAUAUUCACCAGAUCCGGAAGGACUUCCCCCACCUGGUGGAUCGCUCCACGGCUGUCGCUCGCAAAAUGGGCUUUCCUGAGAUCAUCAUGCCAGGUGAUGUUCGUAAUGACAUCUAUGUGACACUGACCCAGGGAGACUUUGAUAAAGGGAAUAAGACCACAUCCAAAAACGUGGAAGUCACCAUGUCUGUGUAUGACGAGGAUGGCAAGAGGUUGGAGAAUGUGAUUUUCCCUGGCGCUGGAGAUGAGGGCAUUACAGAAUACAAAUCUGUCAUUUACUACCAGGUUAAACAGCCACGCUGGUUCGAGACCAUCAAGGUGGCAAUACCCAUUGAGGAUGUAAACAGGAGUCAUCUUCGCUUCACUUUCAAGCAUCGCUCUUCUCAAGACAACAAAGACAAGUCAGAGAAGAUCUUUGCACUGUCGUUCGUGAAGCUGAUGAGAUAUGACGGCACCACACUCAGGGAUGGAGAACAUGAUCUCAUUGUUUAUAAGGCAGAGGCAAAAAAGCUGGAAGACUCAUCUUUCUACCUGAACCUGCCAGCCACCAAGCUGGAGCUGGAGGAGAAGGGCAAUUUCACUACAGGCAAGAGUUCACAAAGCCUGGGCAACUGCACCAUCAGCAAGGACUCCUUCCAAAUCACCACACUAGUUUGUUCCACCAAGCUUACACAGAACGUGGAUCUCCUCGGUUUGCUGAAAUGGCGAUCAAACACCAGCCUGCUCCAGCAAAACCUGAAACAUCUGAUGAAGGUGGAUGGUGAGGAGGUGGUCAAGUUCUUGCAGGACACCCUGGAUGCUCUAUUCAACAUAAUGAUGGAGAACUCUGACAGUGACACUUUUGACACACUGGUGUUUGAUGCCCUGGUGUUUAUAAUUGGACUGAUAGCAGACAGAAAGUUCCAGCAUUUCAACCCCGUUCUGGAGACGUACAUUCGGAAACACUUCAGUGCCACCCUGGCGUACAUGAAACUGACAAAGGUCCUCAAGAACUACGUGGAUCAUGCAGAGAAACUGACAGAUCAGCUGCUGAAGGCCAUGAAAGCCCUGGAGUACAUCUUCAAAUUCAUUGUGCGCUCACGAGUCCUCUUCAACCAGCUGUAUGAAAAUAAAGGGGAAGCAGAUUUUAUGGAGUCAAUAAGGAAUCUCUUCACCUCGUUCAGUAUAAUGAUGAACAGCGAUGCAGAAAGCACCAGCAUGGUCAAGGGUGCAGCAUUGAAAUAUGUUCCUACCAUCGUCAAUGACGUCAAACUUGUCUUCGACCCAAAAGAGCUCAGUAAGCUGUUCAGUGAAUUCAUCCUCAAGGUGCCUCCAGGUCGUCUGGUCAAGCAAAAGCUCUACUGCAUGAUCGACAUUGUUCACAGUGAUCUCUUCACACAACACGAUUGCAGAGAGAUUUUACUGCCACUCAUGACUGAUCAGCUGAAAUUUCACUUGGAGCAGCAUGAUGAGCUGGAGGCUUCCUGCCAACUACUCAGCAACGUACUGGAGGUGCUAUACAGGAGUGACGUGGGUCCCACACAGUGGCAUGUUCAGGUCAUCAUGGAGAAGCUGUUGAGGACCAUAAACAGGACGGUGAUCUCACUGGGACGGGACUCUACUCUCAUUGGCAGUUUCGUUGCUAGCAUGACGGCCACGCUAAGACAGAUGGACGAUUAUCACUACACACACCUGAUCAACACCUUCGGAAAGAUGAGGACGGACGUGGUGGACUUUCUAAUGGAAACAUUUAUCAUGUUUAAAGACCUGAUUGGGAAGAAUGUCUACCCUGCAGACUGGGUCAUCAUGAACACAAUGCAGAACAAAGUCUUCCUGCGAGCCAUCAAUCAAUACGCUGCCGUACUCAACAAGAAGUUCCUGGACCAGACCAACUUUGAGCUGCAGUUGUGGAAUAACUACUUCCAUCUGGCAGUGGCUUUUCUCACCCAGGAAUCUUUGCAGCUUGAAAACUUCUCCAGUGAUAAAAGAGCAAAGAUCUUUCACAAGUACCAGGACAUGAGGAGACAGAUUGGCUUCGAGAUCCGGGACAUGUGGUACAAUCUGGGUCCACACAAGAUCAAAUUCAUCCCGGAGAUGGUGGGGCCAAUUCUGGAGAUGACCCUGGUCCCAGAGAUUGAGUUGCGUAAAGCUACGAUCCCAAUCUUCUUUGACAUGAUGCAGUGCGAAUUCCAUUUCACCCGCAGUUUCCAAAGGUUUGAAAACGAGAUCAUCACCAAGCUGGAUCACGAGGUGGAAGGAGGUCGGGGAGACGAGCAGUACAAAAUCCUCUUUCAGAAGAUUCUUUUGGAGCACUGUAGGAAGCAUAAGUAUCUGGCAAAGAGUGGUGAGAACUUUGUGAGUUUGGUAGUGCGUCUGCUGGAGAGGCUACUGGACUACAGGACCAUCAUGCAUGAUGAGAACAAGGAGAAUCGCAUGAGCUGCACAGUCAAUGUCCUGAAUUUCUACAAAGAAAUCGAAAGGGAAGAGAUGUACAUCAGGUACCUGUAUAAGCUCUGUGACCUGCAUAAGGAGUGUGAUAACUACACUGAAGCGGCCUACACUUUACUGCUGCAUGCCAAGCUACUGAAGUGGUCGGAAGAGGCCUUUGCAGCUCACCUGACUCGGAGGGAUGGAUAUCAGGCAACAACACAAGGUCAGCUGAAGGACCAGCUCUACCAGGAGAUCAUCAACUACUUUGACAAGGGCAAGAUGUGGGAGGAGGCCAUUAUCCUGGGAAAGGAGCUAGCAGAGCAGUAUGAGAAUGAGAUGUUUGAUUUUGAGCAGAUGAGUGCUUUACUGAGAAAGCAGGCACAGUUUUAUGAAAACAUAGUGAAGGUGAUCAGACCCAGACCAGACUAUUUUGCAGUGGGUUAUUAUGGCCUGGGUUUUCCAUCCUUCAUCAGGAACAAGAUGUUUAUCUACCGCGGCAAGGAGUACGAGCGGUGGGAGGAUUUUGAGGCCAGGCUGCUCACUCAGUUCCCCAAUGCUGUAAAGAUGAAGACCACCACGGCCCCCAGCGAAGAGCUGCGCCUUUCCUCCGGCCAAUAUAUUCAGUGUUUCACUGUAAAACCCAUACUCGAACUUCCUCCCAAGUUCCAGAAUAAGCCGGUGUCUGAGCAGAUUGUCAGCUUUUACACCAUAAAUGAGGUGACUAAGUUCCAGUACUCCAAACCUAUCCGGAAAGGAGAGAAAGAUCCUGACAAUGAAUUUGCUAAUAUGUGGAUUGAAAGAACCACAUUUGUCACAGCCUACAAGCUCCCAGGUAUCCUGCGCUGGUUCGAGGUUAUGUCCGUCUCUACGGAAGAGAUUAGUCCCUUGGAGAAUGCCAUAGAGACCAUGCAGCUGACCAAUGAGAAGAUCAACAACAUGGUUCAGCGCCACCUGAACGACUCAAACAUGCCCAUCAACCCCCUCUCAAUGCUGCUCAAUGGCAUUGUGGACCCUGCUGUUAUGGGUGGCUUUGCUAACUACGAAAAGGCAUUUUUCACAGAGAAGUACAUCCAGGAGCACCCUGAGGACCAGGACAAGAUUGACAAGCUUAAGGACCUAAUUGCCUGGCAGGUCCCAUACCUGACUGAAGGUAUGCGUAUUCAUGGUGAGAAGGUGACUGAGGCACUGAGACCGUUCCAUGAUCGUCUGGAGGGUUGUUUUAAACAGCUGAAGGAGAAGGUAGAAAAACAGUACGGGGUGAGAACACUGCCUUCCAUGGCGGAUGAACGUCGUGGUACUCGGCCUAGGUCGAUGGUGCGGUCCUUUACCAUGCCUUCCUCUCAGAGACCACUGUCUGUCGCGUCUGUCGUGUCUGUCACCUCUGUAUCAUCAGACACCUCACCCUCCAGACCAGGAUCAGAUGGCUUUGCACUGGAGCCACUCUUGCCAAAGAAGCAGCAUUUCAAGUCUCAGGACAAGCUGGACAGAGAUGAGCCUGACAAAGACAAAAAGGACAAAAAGAAAGAGAAGAGAAACAGCAAACACCAAGAGAUUUUUGACAAGGAGCUGAAAGCUGCGGACAUUCCCAUGCAGCCCAGUGAUCAGGUCAUUCUAUCUGAGACGAUCAGUCCAUUGAGGCCCCAGAGGCCCAAGAGUCAGGUGAUAAACCUGUUGGGAGAUAAGAGGCUCUCUGUGUCCCCGGGCCCCAACGCUUCCCACAGUACUUCUUUGGUUCCUCCACCCAUCACCCCACGUGUCAAGCUCUCUUUCAGCAUGCUCUCUACAUCCAAUCUAGAGCUAAAUGGAAUGGGCUAUGGUGAUACUCCACCCCCUCUACCAGUCAAAUGCAGUAUGGGUGACUAUGGAAACCUGAUGGACAACCCAGAGCUGGCCAGUCCAACUACACCUCCUCCCCCACCUCCCCAUCAACGGCCCCCUCCACUGCCAAGCAAGACCCCUCCCCCACCUCCUCCAAAGACCACACGCAAGCAGGCGUCUAUUGACUCGGGGAUCGUCCAAUGAGUCUCAUGACGAAGGCAGCAGGACCGUGUCAGAUGAAAACUUUAGCUCCUCCCUGGAGACCAGGCUUGGGUGGUUUUAAAUCAGGCUCUCUGAAAGUGUGAUAGAUUGAAGAGUUCAUUGCAGUUCACUCAUAAUGUUCAUGCUGGAAGAGCUGGCCUGCACAGGGACUCUUUCACCUGUUAUUAGUCAAAGCCUCACACUAUGUGGCAGUGCUAGGUUUACUAUCUGAUCUAUUUCACACCUCUGUAAGCCUGUAAAAUGAAAUCGUUUAUCAGAGCAUUUAGCUAAAAUGAACAAAUCAGAACUUGGACGAUGCAGUGUCAGCAUUUAGGAGUUCUGCAGUUUUUGGAAUGGGGUUUAUUUUCUACAGUCAGCUGAUGUAGUGGAUCAAUCAUGAUUUAGUGUCUUUCUUUUUUUUCUCUCUGAUUUAUUAGGACAAGUGACCAACUCGAACCACUUUCCAAAGCUGAGGGAUCAUAAAAGAUAAAUCUUAUUCCUAUUUCCCUCCUCAAUAUAUACAAAUAUAUGUACAGAAGUAUGUAUAUAUGAUUUUAUUUGUUUUCUUGACUUUUGGAAAUGAAUUUUAUUAAGAGUUUUUGUAUUAAUAAUGAAUCAACUUUACUAGCAUUUUUAUCAAAAAGGGCUUUUAGGUUUGUUAAUGACAGGGACUGUAAAGUGCUUCUGUGUACUUCUAUAGGCGUAUCAUCUAAUUAAUGGGUAUUUUCAUUAUUUCUUUUUUUUUUUUUUUUUUUUUCGAUUUUUGGAGUGUACACAACUAACUCCAGGUUUUAUUAUUGUAAAGAAUUUGUAAUGCUGUAAUCUUGGAUUUCAAUAGUAUUGACUGUUCCCAAUUCACUACUGACUUAAAUAAACUAUGUAUUUUUGAA